AUAUAUAGGAAGUGUGUGAAGAUGUAUGGUCAUGGUUUCUCCAUACAGUUCUAGUUCUGGAGGGAAUAACACCACUGUCUUUAGCAAGGUUGAAGUGGAGGUUCUCUCUAAAUUUAGUGAGAGUUAGAAAGAGAUUUUGGAAACUGUGGCAGCAAACUUUGAGACACUGCAACUCCUCUCUUGCUCUCUUCUUGAUAGAUAGAUAGAUAGAUACAUCAGAGGGAGAAGAGGGAAAGAGAGAAGGAAACACAUCUUUUAUCUCUUCCUCCUCCAAUCUAUUAGCCAGUAAUGGCGAUCUCCGGAGUCUCUAUUUUCGUCGUCGGAAUUGCAUUACUGGUCUCUGUCCCUUUAUCUCAGCAGAAUGAGGAGGUUCAUCUGAAGUUUAGCUACAGUGGAGAAACAGGUCCAGACAAGUGGGGGAGUUUGAAGCCAGAAUUCAGCACAUGCUCCACUGGAAAGCUUCAAUCCCCUGUGAACAUUGUGACCAAGGAUGUUAUCUAUAAUCCCAAGUUGCAGCCUUUGAACAGAGAUUAUAGAACAAGCAAUUCUACCUUGAUUAACCAUGGCUACAGUAUUGGGUUGUUUUAUGGAAGCGAUAAGGUUGGUGUGAUGAUUCAUGACGGCAAGAACUACACCUUGAAACAAGUACAUUGGCAUUCGCCUUCUGAACACACAAUUAACGGUAUCCGGUAUCCUUUGGAGCUCCAUCAAGUCCACAUCGCGGACGAUGGUAGCAUCUCAGUGGUGGGAGUCUUAUACAAUUAUGGUGCUCCCGAUCUGCUUCUCCUUCAGAUUAAGAGCAAGUUGGAUGAACUGGCCAAGGAGGCAUGUGGAGAGGAUGAGAUAGCUAAAAUUCCUAUCGGUCACAUGGGAACAAAGUACUUGAGGCGCGGUGCUUUCAAGUAUUACAGAUAUGUUGGUUCUCUAACCACUCCUCCAUGCACCCAAAAUGUUACCUGGACCAUCAUUGCCAAGGUGAGAGAAGUUAGCAAGGAGCAGAUUGAAGCUUUGACAGCUCCAUUGGAAGGAUCAUGCAAAAGCAAUUCAAGACCUGUGCAAGCUCUGUAUGGACGUAAGAUUGAGCUCUACAAUGCCAUGCCCAACAAAAUCUAAGCUCAAACAUAUACGUACUUCUUUUUUUUUUUUGUUUUUGGUAGGAAAUAGUUCUUAAUUGAGAAUGAGAACAAUGUUUGGAUGUAUGUUUGGCAAAAAUGCAUUUUUAAUUUUCGACUCUUAAGCAUUUCAUCA